UUGGAGUAUAAACAAGAAAGACCCCGUGAAUGUUGAGCCUCCACUCCUCACAUCGACUGGAUUCACUGCAGGGGAAUGACUGAGAGAAAUAUCCGUCAGUAUCAAACCUCAGGGAGAUAUUUUUCACAAACAAGAGCGACCCCCACCCCUCACGAAACCAGGGUCACAGUUCACAGGAAGCUGGGGGGCUGCCAUUUUUCGCUGCUGCUACUGCUAGCGUUUAACGGUAGAUGCUAAAUCGACGGGAGGGGCUGUUGGUUUAGGAUUCUGAAACGUUAGCUAGCUGGUAUCAAGUGUUAGAUAAGGAAAGUAAAAAUUCGUAAUUUCUCCGACCGUUGCCGUUAACAUCUAUUGUUAUUUGAUGCAUUCGGCAUGGAGAAGGUAGCGGAGCCGUCUUGGACUUCUUCGUACACCUACCAGGUGAGCAAGCACAGUGCGGAGAUGCUACACAACCUCAACGUUCAGAGGAAAGAUGGAGGCAGGUUCUGCGAUGUGGUCUUACGCGUCGGGGAGGAGAGCUUCCCCGCUCACAAAGCUGUGCUGGCGGCGUGCAGUGAGUAUUUCGAAUCGGUCUUCAGCCGCCAGUCGGAGGGUGACAGCGAUGCUAAGGAGCUGGAGAUGCACACCAUUAGCCCCAAAGUUUUUAAAGACGUUCUGGACUUUGCCUAUACGUCAAGGAUUGUGGUGCGUCUUGAGUGCUUCCCGGAGUUAAUGACAGCUGCCAAGUUUCUGCUGAUGCGGUCAGUCAUUGAGAUAUGUCAGGAGGUAAUCAAACAGUCCAACGUACAAAUUCCUGUCCCGACGUCGCGCGGAGCAGACGCCAGCCUCUUCCAGGCCACGGCAGCCACGGAGCUGGGUUUCUCCGUGGCACAACAUGAUCUUGUAAACGGAACGGGAAUGCUGGUAAACGGUCGAAGCUUUGCUAACAAUACACAAAUGCAUGUGGAUGGAGGCGAAGACACUGCCGCCGUGUUAUUAGAGGACGGCGGCGAAUCGUCGGUGCCAGUGUUAGAGCCCGUGGAAGGACUGUCUGUUUCCCCGACAACGGAAAUAUCGGGGAGCACGUUUCAACACGACGCUGGCUCUCCUGGGUCGAAAAGAAGCAGGGGGAGACCAAAGAAAGGUGGCGGGGUUGUGGAAAUUUUAAACUUUAACAAUGAUGCGCAGAAGGAAACUAUAUUGUUCCCAUGUGGGACUUGUGGGAAGGCUUUUACAGAGGCUUCCCGCUUGAAGAAUCAUGAAGCGCAACAUGGAGCUAACACCAGCGGUGUAAACAAUGCCGGUGACAGCCUGUCAACAGCGGGCGGCAUGUCUUUGAUGUCUCAGCCUGGGGUGGUGGAAAACGGAGGGCUGACCAUUGAUAACGGCCGAAAACGGGAGAGGACAAGGCGGCAUGUUGGUUGUGACAUCUGCGGUAAAGUUUUCCGGGAUGUUUAUCACCUAAACCGACACAAGCUCUCUCAUUCCGGGGAGAAGCCAUAUGCAUGCCAUGUGUGCGGGCUCCGGUUCAAACGCAAGGACAGGAUGUCAUACCAUGUGCGGUCCCAUGACGGGUCAGUUGGCAAACCGUAUGUUUGCCAAAGCUGUGGUAAAGGGUUUUCAAGACCAGACCACCUGAAUGGACAUAUCAAACAGGUUCACACUACAGAAAGACCCCACAAGUGCCAGAUCUGUAAUGCCUCUUUUGCCACAAGAGAUCGUCUCCGGUCACACCUUGCAUGUCACGAGGACAAAAUUCCCUGCAAAGUUUGUGGCAAGUUUCUGCGAGCUGCCUACAUGACGGACCACCUCAAGAAACACAGUGAAGGGACACAUAACUACUGUGGCAUUUGCAACAAAGGUUUCUCCACUGCGUCCUACCUUAAGGUGCAUAUAAAGACACACCAUGGCUCUCCUCUGCCCCCCUCUACCACAAUGCAUACCUUCCCUGAGCCAAGGGGGGAGCUGCAGAUGCACAACGGCACCCCUUACCACAUGGGACGCCAGUGCUCAGUGGAAGACCUGUGCGCCAGUCGCCAGCUGUUUGUCACCUCACCUGAGGCAGAGGGUCGCUUUCAUGGACACCCAGCUCUUCCCCAGCCCGGCCCUCCAGCUUUGGGCCUGCAGCCUGAGCUGCUCACGGGGAAGGCAGGUGGGGCUCCAUAUUUCUGGGAGUGUCGCUCUGGCGGGCUGCCUGGCUUCCCCGUCCAUGGGCCGGUCACAGACGGACAGGAAAACAUCGGAAAAUGUCCUCACCUAGAAUCAGAAGAAUCGGAUCCUUCAUUUGGGGAAUUACCCAACAGUGACGAGCUUAAAUCUCCACAGAAACCAGACGGGCCGGAGCUUGAAGUGCCCUCUUUAGCCUGUAAUGGAGCCUCUGCUGGGGGGUUGGGGUCUCCAGAAGGAUCAAAAGCCAAGACAACAGACCCCGAGAAAAAGUUUAUCUGCCCCAUCUGUGGCCAGGCCUUUCGUACCAAAUCCUACCUCAACAAGCACCAGCACAGAGUUCACAAGGCGCAGAAGGCCCAGGGCGUUUCUGGGUCGAGCUUAAACGAGCUGGCCCCCUCCCUGACCUCCCCCUUCUCUACUCAACAAAACAUGUCUCUGCUCGAGUCGUUCGGCUUUCAGAUAGUCCAGUCUGCGUUUGCCUCCUCACUGGUGGAUGCAGAGGCGGGUCAGAGUGGACUCGACUUUGGAGGGAAGUGACAGAUUUCCUUCAUUUAAAGCAAAGCCUUUCAUUUUUAGGACAAAGCCGGGUCGCCCACAGACGAUGCUCUGUAUAUGGGAAUAACUUUGCCUCAAGACUACUUUUCUGUUUCUUCACAUUGCUUAAUGUGUUUGUGAUUAUCUUUUGUUUUGUCACAGACUGCCAUACAAAUCUUACAUUUUCUACUUUUCAGAGUCUGAAAAGUGUGUUGAUGGUGUUUAAGUUUCCUUUAAAAUGAAACAUGAAGGUUUAAUUUUCCUUUGCUGAUAUGGAUCUGUUGAAGUUCUGUUGAAAUCUUUGCUUUGGUAUAAUUGAGCUUUCUUAGAUGCACAAACAUUUUUUAAUAUGCGGUAUUUACGGAAGGCUUAAUUCCAGUUAAUUACUGACAAUUAUUGUGAAUUUUAUAUUUAUGUUCCCUGUGUUUAAAGAAGGGUAUUUUUAAGAACAUGGAUUUAAAUUGCCUUUUAUUCUGUUGCAAGUUUUCCUUGAAUCAUUCCUAACAGGCUCACAGCAAUUUCAUUACACAUUUAUCAUGAGCUUUUCUGAGGCUUCAUAAGGACCUGAAAAAAGUUAUUAUUUAACGUAUCAUAGUUAAGAACACAUUUUAAAACGUAUAUAGAUCAGAAUUUCACUUGCAGCUCAUCAGACACUAAAAGCUGAUGAUCUCAGAUAAAACAAAAAAAUUAAUAAGCUACCUCAAAGAAGUUAAUAUGAUCAUAGAUGAGUAAAUACUUUGUUAGAGCUGAAGAAUAAAUCAAGGCAAUCUGACGUAAAAGCCAGCAGCAGUGUCUGCCAGAUAAAUUCAAAGUGAAAUAGACUGUCUCUUAAAGGUACAGUGUGUAAUAUUUAGCCAAGUAGAAUUUAGUGAGACAAACAUGGUAAAAAUUAAACAAAAUAUAAGUCGGUGUCUAAUCUCCUAAAUAUGUUUUUUUUUUCUAAUUUGAAUACACCUUUUAUUUAUACAUGGGGAGAUUCCCCUUCAUGGACUCCGCCAUCUUGAAUUUUUGCAUCCUGCAUGUUUCUACUUUACCACAGAAGGGACCAAAUAGUAGAUAUCUUUUUUUUUUUUGAAAUUCAUCUUAUUGCCAUGGUUAUUAUCAGAGCUGGGCAGGGAAAUCUAGAAUCUGACUGUUUGAUGUUUUUUAUGUUCACCAAUUUUACACACAGCACCUUUAAAGUCCCUGUAAAAAACCAAACUUUGUGUCUUAUCACACUAGAUAUGUUGGAAUCUAUGUGUGACUGAAUUUUGAUUUAGACUGUUAGAUCGUUGUUCACUUCUUUUCUGGCUUGGUUAAAUUUGGGCAAGGCAAUAAUCUGGGCCAUUGACAUCACCAGCCUUGGUGGGGAAUUAACCACCCCCCCCUCAUUCUACAGUGAUAUUGAAUCAUGAGCAUUUCGUUUCGGUACAAUCUGAUGUUAGCCAAUGUCACUGCCUUCAUUGAAAGUUAACAGCCAGCUACAUGCUGUGUUUUUUGGUCAUUGUGAGGUAAAUUUCCCAAAUCUGUCAGCCACAGUGGCCUACAGGUCAUUAAAAGUAUCGUGAGAUUUGUGCCAGAAAACAGUAAAUUUAAUCCCCAAAUUCUGUCUCUCUGCUCUGGCACAGAGUUAGGCAGCUGCGCUCUGCUCAAAAGCAUUUUUUUCAAAUCUGGGAGGGUCGUAUUUCUUGUUAGUGGGUGUGGCUUCGGCUCGUUAAAACCAAUGCCCACAUGGUUCUGGCCAAAGGAUCCCCACAUAACCCUCACGCUGAUUAAACAUAUGUUAACUGCCAUUUGUACUCCUAGAUGCUGUAUUUUAAACUCUUCAACCUAAAUAGAAGCUCUUGUCCAAUUGAGUGUGGUUUCUUACUUUUUGUGAUCCUUUGAGCAGUCAAAUAAGAAGCCCUCUGUGCUUUUUCUGAGAUUGUGGUCAGGUUCACCAUUCAUGUUUUCUGGCAGCUGUAUUCGUCACCUUUUGUGGGAAAAAAAUCUUUAGUUUUGUCCUUAAACUCUACAUGCUUUGUUAUCAGAUGACGCUUUAGCUUGGCGGGCUUCACAUGAAGACACACAACACAUUAUGGUCUUCAGUCACUGUUCUCAGUAAAACCAAAAUCGAGAUAGCAGUCAUCAUAUUUACUCAGUUUAGCUGGUUCAGGCCUAGCAUCACUUUGUGAAGUGGACACACUUAAAUAUUUAUUCAUUGUUGCUAGCUUGACCUGCACACCAAACGCGUCCUAAGCAAAGUGAGUAAUGCAUGACGAGUGAUAGAUUUAUGUGAUAUCUUACAAUCAUAUCUGAGUUUUUAUUGGCCCAAAGCUGACGUAUGUGGGAGUAAUUGGUUUAGUAUGGUUGUUUAUGGCACUGUGGUCCCUUUAUGUAUUUAUCUGCUUUUGAAUGACAUGGCAUAACUUUAAUAAUUUAUUUUAAAUUAUUUCGCGGACCCCCAGGGAUCCCUGGACUCCAGUUUGAGAACUACUGGUGUAAAGAACUGGAUAAAGAGGCGCCAUUUUGUUCACAGGGCGUAGCAAAAUGAACGCAAACUAAAAGUUCUUGCAGGACCUGUAGAUAUUUUAUUUGAUAUUAUUGGAUUAUUAUUUUUCCAGACAUUAAUGGUAUCUUAAUAGUAUUAAUAGAUCUCACUCAGUAGUAAGAGCUACUGUAAACAGAAUGUAUUUUUUGCAUAAAAAUGAUUUUUCAUGGAUAAAUUGUUUCAGAUCUUUUAAAAUGUGUCUCUAAGCGUGCUGUGAGCUUGUUAGGAAUGAGCCAUGUAUACCCCUUUGUGUUGACAAGGUUUCCAGCUCUUAUAUGUUUGGUGUUUAAUCAACCGUGUAUAUUGAACAGGGACCAAGGUCAGGUAUAUUUUCAGUAUCUAUUUUGAGAAAUGUAGAAUCUAUUUUAUUAACUUAUUCAUGCCCUCGGUUUUGUGUACAGUUCUUUUUUAAUUGUGCAUUGAUUAUCUUGUGAUUUGAGGUUUUUCACUCAAAAUUAUGUUAAAUGGAGAUGUGUGCUUUGUGUGUGUUUUGUAGCAGCUGAGGGUCAAAUGUUGGAGUCACACCCACAUCCUUUACCCUUUGGACCGACCAUAUCUAAUGCAACUUUUAUGUCAUUAUUAGGGUUAUUUCAGUCAUACUUUUCAUCACAUGCAACUCCUGUUGUGCUUUUUGAUGUGCUUUAGGUAGAUGACAUACUCUGUUUGCACUGCUGGUCGCUAGGUUUGGGUGUGUGUUAUCUAUCAGGGUGUCUUACUCUGAGUAUGAAUUGAAUGAAGAUUCCUGUGAUGAGGACAAGCUUAAUGGAAGAGUUCCUCAAAUCAAAACACAACAGGAGCCUAUGUUUCAUCUAAGAUUUUUGUUGUUAUGCAUUGAAAUGAAAAUAGUUCUAUAAUCAGCCUAUAAAAACAGACAGGUUAUUUAUUAUGAUGAUUUUCCUAUAGUUAGUGUAAUUUGGCUUUCUUAAAACAACCUAAAAAACAAACAUGGGCUGCCUUCCAAAACCAUAGCUCUUAACAGUCUUUAGACUUGUGUUUACAGAAGUACAAAAUUCACACAACAGUUGGUUUUCCACAGGUCUUUUACUUGUGUUAUGAAAUCUGUACCAUUAUGUAAAUCAAACCCAGGCCCACAGAGAAGGACUUUAGCUGUAUGUGUGUGAAUGUGUGAUGAUUGCUUUGUAAAUUCCUUGUGUUUGAUUAGUGUUUCCUUCUUUCUGUUUUAAUUAUUAUUUGUGAGUGAUUAAGUCUGUUAAAUUCAGUACAUUCCUAUAUUAUUUAUGGUUCUGUUGUGAUUGUAACAAGUGUAUAUACCAUUCACAUACACAUUCUAUUGAUAUAAAUAUAUAUAUAUAUAAAUAUAUAUGACCCAGCCAAUAUGAUCAGUGUUUGUCAAUGGUGGUCGUGUACAUAUAAACAUGUUUUUGUUGUUGUCCAUCAUGUGGAGGGAUGUUAAGUUAUGGCUGCAUGUGGUAAUAUGCGAGCUGAGCUGAGGACUGAAUGUCGAUCACUGGUUGGCGGCAGUUCAAAGUUUCACUGUUCACUGAGCUGUCUCUCAUCUUUGACCAAGUUUAUUUUUGUUCCUUUUUUGAUCCACUCUGCACUGUUUACUCCUUUAAAACAAAGAAGGGUCGUUUGUGUUCUGUAGUAUUGGAAAGAAGUGCAAGAUGCUGUAAGGAAAUUAGUGUUUUUUUCUUCACUGGGAUGUUUGAUUUUCUCGUGUUGGUACUCGAGAUAUUUUCAAAUGGUUAAUUUUAGGCCUAAACAUUUUGCUUUCUGCUUUUUGGUCUGUUGCAAAGUGCCUUCCAAACACUGAUUGUGCACAGCAGUGGAUUAAAAAAGGUCCUCUUUUCUAAAAGGUUAAGAGUUGUACAGAGUGACUUGCAUUGACACUUUUGUAUAAAAACACACAGAAAAUGUACAAUAUGUUAACUUGGUAUUUUAUCAUCAUACUCAACAAGAUUGCUCCUAAAACAUGAGAGCUACAUGUUUUGUUAUAUCGUCUUUGGACAUAUUUCAAUAUAAGCAUACUUUUCUAUAGAUAUUUGUUUUUGUACUCUGUUAUUGAGUCUCAUCUCUCUUGUUGGUACAGAGAUGAGCAGCUAAUAAACUGCAAUUUAAAAAGAAAAACUAACUUCUUGUUCUUCUCGUUAUUUUCCCUUUGUUUUUAGAUUGUCAGCACAUGCAGUGCCUUUAAAAAGUAUUCGCUAAGUUACAUAAACAUUGAAAAGGUAAACUGAAAUUGAAACAUUAACAUCAGUUUAAUAUAACUAUCUGAAAUGAGUGCUUUAAACUUAAAAAAAAAAUUCAAGGUUAAUUUUUCCAAGUUUUUCUGUUUUUGAUCUCUGUCUUAAAGAACAGGUGUCACAUUUAAGUAUCUAUUUUGUUCUUGUAGUUUAUGUUUACACAAUACCAAAUGGUUAAUGAAGUGUUUUGUAUAAUCAUUUAAGUUAAUCUACAGUAUUUUCAGUGAUAAAGUAAAAUUAAAUGCACGUGUAACACUUGCAUUGUUAUUUCUAUCAAAAUAUGUUUCUCCCAUCGUGAUAAAGUAAUAGAAAUGACAGUUUAUCAAAUUAAAAAAAAAGAAAUCUCAUGAUAUAUAACCAAGAUAAUCUCUGUUUUAGCAUUGAACACACACAGGAUGAGAUGUUAUUUUUUUGUCAUUAUUUGUACAGUUUAA